AUGAUUCUUGGAAUCGCCAAUGUCAUUCGAAACGCCUUUUCCGAAGCAAAAUGUCACCUGGCAAUUCGGAAUGACCUCGCCCACAGAACUAAAAGGUUGAACAGAAAGAUUGGUCGCUUUCAACAACGUUCUCCAGCGCGGCAGCCCGCAUCUAAAACCUGGAAAUUCCGUGGCUUCCCCUCGAGAGCGUGCAAGAUGCGCUUGCCAGACAUGAUCAACAAGCGAUAUAUGACGAGAUUGGGAUGCAAUCCGAAAAUAACAAGGCUGAUGCAACGGCCAUAUUCUAUCGAACUCAUCAACCGUGUUGCAGAGCUCAGGCCAAUCUGUGGUAAACACCUUCAGCGGAAUCCAUUGCAUGAAGUGCCACCGCAGAAGGCAUCUCCGACUCCGUGGCUGCGUAGAUCCAUCCAACCAAAGACCAGAGACUAG